ACAGUCUGGACCCACAGGUCAGCGCGCUCGCUGACCACCGAGCCCGUCGGCCCGUCCACACACCCACGCCAUCCUUCUUCUCUCCCUAUAUCAAUCCUGCGACCCUUCUUCCUCUCAGUUCAAGCCACGGCCGCAGCUAACAGCAAGCAAACGCAGCCUAGCUAGCUCUCACAUCACAGACGCAUGAUGCUCACCGCCAUGCAGCACAUGGACUCCUCCGCCUACGCAUCGUCGUCCACGGCGUCACCAUGGCAGCAACUGCUGACGGCCCAACGCGGCCACCCGUUGCGCUACGAGGAUCUCGCAUCCCUCCCCGCCGCCGCGCACGCGCCGGCGGCGCAGCAGCAGCACAGACCCGCGCGCCGCGUCGCCAGGCGGCGGCCGCGCCCGUCGCGGCGGCUGCCCACGACCUACAUCAGCGCCGACCCCGCGGAGUUCCGCCGCAUGGUGCACCAGGUCACGGGCGCCGACGAACUCCUCCUCCCGCUGGCCCAGCAGCCGACGGAGGGGAAGCCCCUCCUCCCCGCGCUCGCCGCCCACGCAGCUCCUUCGUCGGCCGGCGGGGCGCUGCUGCUGCCGACGCUGGACACGUCGGCGUUCCUGCUCGGCGGGUGCAGGGCGAGGCCGUCCACCGCGCGGACGGAUGCGAUUGCGAUGCCACCGCCGACGUCUCGCGACGGGUCGCUACCGCUGGACAGCACUAGCGGCGGCAGCAGCAGCUGUGGUUUCCCGACCUUAGAGUCGUGGGAUCUUCUCUGAACCCACCCUCUCUGCGCACAUAUGCAUGGUGCUUCUUUCUUCUGGCUGUGACCGGAGCUUCAUUGUUGGCAAAUGGCUACCAUAUAUGUGUUCGUCUUGUUGUUAAUCUGAGCUUAAUUAUUCCUAUUA